CUUAGAGUCCGAGAGCGGAAGUCAUUGGCGACAGCGAAAGGUUCACGUUACUUGCAGGAACAGUAAAGAAAGGAGGAAAAGCGGGUAGCGGGAUAUCAACACUGAUUUUAUUCAGAAAAGGUGUCAUAUAAUCUACAGACGCUGGUAUCUCAGUAUCCAUCUCCCCCCUGAAGCCUCUGGCGAAGUUCAUCGUGGAAGGACUGAACAUUGAACACAGGUUUCUGGCCCGCAGCAGGAGGAAAGCUCAUUCAAUGUCUGUGCUGGCAGCAGUGAAUGGUUCAGCGGCAGCGGUGCCAACAGCCGUCGUCCCAUGAGUUUUCUUUUGGCCUGAGCUGUCUGCUUUGGGCUCCGGCCUGGUUCGUCUGGAUCUCUGUGCCUCCGGCGCCGCAGUCAUGGAUCACCCCAGAGAGAAGGAGGGUGAGAGGCCGGUGAGGAGCAGUAAAGUGGCCCAGGGGCGCAGCGGGCACUCGCGGCCCUCCAGCUCCACAUCCUCUGGGGUCCUCAUGGUGGGACCAAACUUCAGAGUUGGAAAGAAGAUUGGCUGUGGCAACUUUGGAGAGCUGAAGCUUGGAAAGAAUCUCUAUACCAAUGAGUAUGUUGCAAUAAAGUUGGAACCUGUGAAAUCGAGGGCCCCACAGCUUCAUUUGGAGUACCGGUUCUACAAAACAUUAGGCAGUGCAGUAGAGGGUCUGCCUCAGGUCUACUAUUUCGGGCCCUGUGGGAAAUACAAUGCCAUGGUUCUGGAGCUGCUCGGCCCCAGUCUUGAGGAUCUCUUUGACCUGUGUGACCGAACAUUCUCCCUCAAGACCGUCCUGAUGAUCGCCAUUCAGCUGAUUUCCCGCAUGGAGUAUGUCCAUUCUAAAAACCUCAUCUAUAGGGACGUGAAGCCAGAGAACUUUCUCAUCGGUCGGCAAGGAAACAAGAAGGAGCACAUCAUUCACAUCAUAGACUUUGGCCUUGCGAAAGAAUACAUUGACCCAGAAACCAAAAAACACAUUCCUUACCGGGAGCACAAGAGCCUUACGGGCACAGCUCGAUACAUGUCUAUUAAUACACAUUUAGGGAAAGAGCAAAGUCGGAGGGAUGACCUUGAGGCCUUGGGUCACAUGUUCAUGUAUUUCCUCCGGGGUAGUCUCCCUUGGCAGGGACUAAAAGCUGACACACUGAAAGAACGCUACCAGAAGAUUGGGGACACAAAGCGAAACACUCCCAUUGAAGUUCUCUGUGAGAACUUUCCUGAGGAGAUGGCCACCUAUCUGCGCUAUGUCCGGAGGUUGGAUUUCUUUGAGAAGCCAGAUUACGAAUACUUGCGGACCUUGUUUACGGAGUUGUUUGAACGAAAAGGAUAUACCUUUGAUUACUCUUAUGACUGGGUUGGCAGACAGAUUCCUACUCCAGUGGGGUCGGUCCACGUGGACUCAGGGGCAUCUGCCAUCACACGUGAGAGCCACGCACACAGAGACAGACCCUCCCAGCACCAGCCAUUAAGGAAUCAGACGGCCAUCUCCGACCGCAGAGGAGCUUGGGAGGUUCAGCCCAACCGCCAGACAAACUCCUCCUACCUGACCUCACACCUGGCAGCGGACAGGCAUGGGGGCUCAGUGCAGGUGGUGAGCUCAACUAACGGUGAACUGAAUGCCGACGACCCGCUGGCGGCCCACUCGAACGCACCAAUCACAGCACAGGCAGAGGUGGAGGUGGUGGAUGAGGCCAACUGCGUGAAAAUGCUCAACCUGUGGUGCUGCUGUUUCUUCAAGAGGAAGAGGAAGAAGAACACACCACGGCACAAAUGAGCCUCCGGCCUCUCCGCGCAGUCCGUUCCUUUGGUUGUUUUUAGAGCGUUCAAAUAAAGACAACAGCGAGCCCUCCAAACGAUGUAUGAAAACCAAGAGGCAUGCACACGUUGUCUCUGCGGGGAUUGUCUUUGUUUUGUUUUCGUUUCUUCCACGUCUUGAUUUAGGCAGCGACGGGCCCUGUCCUCGGACUGUCUCUAGGAUCUUCACACAAAAGCUAAGGAUCUCAAAGCACUGGAACAGCGCUGCACUUUUCAUUUGCUGUUUUGCUUCUUUUUCGUUCUCGGCGGUGGACGUGCCGGGGAGGAAGUCUCUGAAUGUGUCCUCUUCCUCAGUUCUAGCCCUUGGUGUGACACAGAGGGAGGGAGAGAGACAAAUUCGCCCACGCUGGAGCUCGAACCGCAGACCUUUUCCUCCCCCUAUAGCACCUCGUUGCCCACUUCCACUCCACACGAGACGAGACGGUGGCUUUUUGUUUUCACUUAACCCUUUUUAAAUGUUUGUUUGUGUAUUUGGUGGCUGAUUGUUGGCUCUCACGCUGCCAGGAAGUGGUCGAAGCCUUAGAAUAUGACUAGCAGAUUUCUUCGUCGUAUCUAUCGGAGUGAAGCGCAAAACAAAUAACUGUCGUAAUGAUGCUAGCUGGCCUUUACACGUGAACUUUGUGAAAGUGUGACAUAAGCAGCUGUUUCCAGUGGUAACGAUGGGCGGCACUCGUCGCGCACCUCCGUUCCACUGACUAGUAUUUAAGCUGCUUGUUCUAAAGCACUCCUCCCACUUCAACCCACCAGCCAGUCAUGCUGCUUUCUUCUCCUCUCUUACGAUAUCGUAUCGCUUUGACGUACAGCUGGCUGCUUUUCUAUUGGCUGAGGUGGCCAGUAAGACUUUCCUUCUGCGCUUUUGUAUCUUUCUGUCCAUAUAGUCACUUAUUAUUCCCACAACCAGUUCCUGAUAGAUGUUGUUUUUUAUGCCUGAAAACUGCUAAAUAUUCAGGAUGAGAAUAACCAUUUCAUGUGCCAGAGUGGCUUGUGGGUCGCAAAGAAUCGCCUCAGCGUGUUCAUAUUAAGCGAAAGAUGCCGCAAAUAAUGUGAUUAUUGGCCGUCCGGCCUUGUUUAUGAGGCGUAACCUGGGAGGAUGCAGACUGCCACUGCGAAACAUCUCGAUUUAAUGCCUUAACACUGUUCGGCGGAGUCCACUCGUGCGGGCUUUUGCGAUAGGACGUGAUGAAAUUCCUCCCAUGCCUUCAUACUGACCUGAAACGUGUCUCAUUCCCUUUAGGAACCUUGUUUGAGGGGGUUCGAGUCACCAAAUUGAAUACAAAUCGGAUUAUGUGGCAGAAAACGUCGAUUUUGACGACCCAUUGAAGCGGCCCGUUUGUAAAUUCUGGUGGGGUUGCUAUAGUGGCCAUACGCGGUUCUGAGACGGGGCAGCCCUUGACCUCUUGCAUGGAUGAGGCAGUCCUUUCCUGAGCGCAGGAAUUACGUCAAAUGGGGUUAUAUGUGAAAUGAUUACUGUAGUUCCGUUGUUGUCGUCGUCUUUUUUCUUUUUUUUUUACUUCAGAAAAUCGCUAAUCUCAGUCGUGAUGUUGCCUUGCUCAUUUUUUUGUUUUGGGUUUCACCAUUCACCUAUUCACAGCAUUAAAUCCGUGCUUUUAAUUUGUGAUCUUUCUAAUGUAUAGUAAAUGUGAAUUAAUGUAAGAUAAAUUAUAUGACUAUUAUUUUAUUUUAUUUUGAUCACCGUACAAAAGUUGAGAGAGAGAAGCCAUAGGAGUGUGUGGUGGACUGCACUGAAGUUUCGUUGGGCCCUUGUUUACUGAAUCCUACUGACCUCAUAAGGAACUGAGGUAAACGGGGCUGCAUUUUGGAAAUCCUUCACGAGGGCCUACGGAUGGAUGGCGUGCUUUGAAUGUUCCUACAAAAGCAGUGACGACUGUGUUGGACCAAAUAGAUACGCAAAUGGCCACAGAUUCUUUAUUAGCAUGUUUCCACCUCUUAACUCGUCAGUUAUCCAGCCAUCUAGUUUAUACAUGUAAAUAGUAACUUGAAAAGUGACCCAUUCACCUUCUGGAACGAUUUCCACCAUCUAGGAACGAUGUUGUCGAAUUUCGCCCCCCCCCCCCUUGCCAGAUUAUUACCCCCCUAAUAUUGGUAGGUGUGAGGGAGGGGUUAGGAUUUGGGGUAGGUUAAGAUUAGGCAAUCAGGUAGCGACUUCAACGAGGGGGUUAAUAAUUUGGCAGAGAGUGUGAAAUUCUCCACAACACCGGGAGUUGCGUUCAAAUACGCGUGUUUCGUCUAACACGUAUGAAGCUUUCCAUGUAUUUCCAACAUAACGGUUAUUUAAUAGAUUUUCCUUAUGCUUAUCCACUGUGACGCAAGUCACUUUGGGUCUAAAUUAUUCUGUGAAAAGUACUUGAAUGAUACUCUUGGAAAUCCGCUUCUCGCACACACGUCGGACGACUUUUUAUUUAACGUUCUUCUCUUAACGAUAUGUAUUACGUGCCUCGCUAGAGUUGGAAGACGUUUUAGUAUUUCUGGAUGUGCACUGCUUGCUAUCUAUCGCCAGGUGCUUCUGGCUCAAAGAAGUAUGAUUUUUGCAGGAUUUAACCCCUUAAUUGAUGUCCAAAGUCAAAGUGGCUUGUUACGGAGCCACUCAGAAUUGUUUUGUGGAUAUAAGCGGAAUGUGAAAUUGUUUCGGAUUUAUGGUUUAGGAGGCACGCACUGGACUGUGCAGAUGUACUUUGGGAUUAUGAGCGGACGGCAAUUUGAGGCGCCAUCUGCUGGUUGAAAAUGACUCAUCCGUGUAAGACACUACACUAUACACUGAAAUCACACUCUGAUAUGCUAUUUGAAGUAGUUUGAUGAGGGAUGGCUAGAGCAGACAUUAUUCCGAUCAUAAUGACUACUGGCUCUCUUGUCAACUGCAAGGUGGUGAUUAUUUCAAACCAUCUUUCAUCUUUAAUUUUCCCUUUUUUAAGAUAUGUUUUUGUACCUUUUUUUGUAGCUUUGGUUUUAAUAAAGAUGGUAUCCUUACAGUCAUGGCAUCUGAGGUUUAAAUAUAAAGUAAAGUCAUUCAGGAAGCAUUCUGGGUCCAUUCCAUUACCUUUUGCUUUUGCGUCACGGUUCCGGUCACUUUAAUGUGCUGCAGAUUUACAUGCAGAGAGGUAAAUAGAGUUAUUCUCCUAAAGUUGAAGUUAGUGACAUUAAUGCAGAUUUUAUGUGCAUGGCUUUUGAUUCCGAAAGCAAUGGAAACUACUUGUGUAAAUGGGGCACUGAAGAACAUUGUGGGCAUGAAGUUGAUACACUGUUAUUCUGUGGCUGCAUAAUGCCUUAAACAUGCUACUGCAAAUCUGACCCCUCUGUGCGCUUGAGUUCGGCAGGUAAACGUCCACUGCGUUCUGUUUUGCCGCUGUAUACUGUAUUGCCCUUCCAUUGUGUCUGCUACAGAGUCAUAGCUCUCUUUUUUUUUUUUUUUCCUCUUGAAAAAUGUAAUCAUUCCUGUCUCAAGAUUUUAGUUAAUGUGGGAGCCUGUUGAAUAUUUUGUUGUUUUUUUAAGGACCACUCAUUUUUAAUGACCUCGGAAUGAUUAUAUUACAGGAGUCUGGUAGGAAAGCACUGCAAUAUUUGAAUUCUCUUUUUCACAUUUUUUGUAGUGUUUCUUUCAGUAAGGAUGUUUCUGUAAAGAAAAACUAAAUUGUACAGUUCUGCAAGAGUCAUUCUCUUGUUCUGGUCAUACUUACAAAGAUACUAUAAAUUUCAUUGUAUUAUGGAUUUAUUGUGUUGAAAUAUGAAUGUUACUUAAAUGUACUUCAAUGAUUUUACUUUCUCAAGGGCUUCAACUGUGAUGGACCCGUUUUGUUUUCUCCUCCUCCUCUCUCUCUCUCUCUCUAAAUAUAUUUUGUUUUUAAGUUGCAGAAAGAUUAAGGCCUUAAUCUUAAUCUUAUUUAAAAUGCCUAUUUUCCUGAGGAGUCGUAUAAAGUUCCAUACAUAACCUUUCAAAUUAAAUUUUUAUUCCCUCCACUCUUAAAGGGAAACUCAAGUUUGCACCCUUUUUUAUGUAAAAUAAAAGAAAAUGUCUCUUAA